UUUACAACAAAUCUUGAUCUCGGAAUCGAAUGUCGACCGAACAGAGCGAGGGACAAGGGAUCCCGUAGCCUGUCGACAAAAGUUUUAUUGUGUUUCUAAUAGUUUACAAAUGUUAUUUACAAUCAAGAAGGUUUUUUUUUUGUAAAUAUAGUGAAAUGUAAAGUUUGUGAAUGGUCUAGAGCUCAAUGUAACGGGAGGGAAUUAAGGUGAACGUAAAGCCAAAGGAGUUGAAUGAACAGAUCACUGACUCCCUGUCGAGUGGGAAGAUCGCGGGAAAAAUUCUCCUUGUAUAAGUAAUAAUUAGACUUAAAACGCGUUUAUGUAGUGAAAUCGGGUUAUAUCAUCUACUGGGAAUCGAGAUCUUUCGGGUGUCGGCUUUUAUGCGCACAGGGAUCGGACUCCCUGGUAUAUGUAUAUGACACGAUGAGCUGUAAUGGAGGUUUCGUGGUGUUAUCAUUCUCUCUGCGACGAGGGCUAUCUUGGAAAUGUACAAGGCAGUGACUAAGGUCUUUCUGAUAAUAACUAAAAUUCCCGGCCGGCCGGGCAAAAGAGUGCGUUGAUCUUGGGCAUGGAAGAGUCAAAAACGAUGGACUGGUCCGAUAUCUUUUAUUUGUGUGACACUGACACGCGACACAGUAGCCAUUGAAGAUCAAGGAUUUUUGGAGAACUCGGACCUUAAGAGGUUUACCAAGGAGGUACCAUGCAAAAAAGGGACAAUAGAGAAGGUCGUGGAAAAGAGGAGAUGGUGCUUGUUGUAAAUAGUGACAGAGAUCGAGAAGUAAACGCUAUCAAAAGGGCCUCCCGUGGCAGUGGUAAUGCUGCAAGAUCCAACAUGCACUCCUCCAGGCACAGUGUUACCUCUUCUGGAAAUAUGCUCAUGGUGGGACCCAAUUUUAGAGUCGGGAAAAAGAUUGGCUGUGGUAACUUCGGAGAACUUCGUCUCGGCAAAAAUCUUUAUAAUAACGAGCACGUAGCAAUUAAAAUGGAACCGAUGAAGGCAAAGGCGCCACAACUUCAUUUAGAAUAUAGGUUUUACAAAGUAUUAGGUGCUCAUGUUUAUAACGCGCAUAUAGAAGGAGUCCCGGAGGUAUAUUAUUUCGGUCCAUGUGGGAAAUUCAACGCGUUGGUAAUGGAACUCCUCGGUCCCAGUUUGGAAGAUCUCUUUGACCUUUGUGGAAGAAGAUUUACACUGAAAACUGUUCUCAGCAUUGCCACACAGCUCCUCCAUAGGAUAGAAUACGUACACAGUCGACAUCUAAUUUAUCGAGAUGUAAAACCGGAAAAUUUUCUGAUAGGACGAAGUACGACAAAACGAGAAAAAGUUAUACAUAUUAUUGAUUUUGGAUUGGCCAAAGAGUACAUAGACUUGGAAACAAAUAAGCAUAUACCCUACCGGGAACACAAGAGCUUGACUGGAACAGCACGAUAUAUGAGUAUUAACACUCAUUUAGGAAAAGAACAAAGUAGAAGAGAUGACUUGGAAGCUUUAGGUCACAUGUUCAUGUACUUCUUGAGGGGAAGUUUACCUUGGCAGGGACUGAAAGCAGAUACUUUGAAAGAGCGGUAUCAAAAAAUAGGAGAUACCAAACGAGCAACUCCCAUUGAAGUACUUUGCGAUGGACAUCCCGAAGAGAUGGCCACGUACCUUCGCUACGUCCGGAGGCUAGACUUUUUCGAAACUCCUGAUUACGAGUACCUGAGAAAACUCUUUCAAGACCUCUACGAUAGAAGAGGCUUUGCCAACGAUGGCGAAUUCGAUUGGACCGGCAAAAGCAUGCCACCUAACUUCUUCCAACUCAGACAACUAAGGGAAUGUGCUCCAUCUAAUAUUGAAAAAACCAAAUCUGAUAAGUCAACACCAGUUGGAUCGCUGCAAACAGGACAUGAAAUUGUCGUAUCACCCAAUCGAGAUCGACACCCAACCACUUACAAGGACAUGGCAAGUGGAGGGGUGGGAGGAGGGGGCGUUAAAGGGGUGGGACCCACGUGGUCUGAUACAGCGAAGCAAUCUGGGGCUGGUGGCACAUUGACACCCGCUGACAGGCAUGGUUCUGUACAGAUAAAGCAUCAACGGAAUAUGGUGGUUUCUUCAACUAAUGGAGAAAUAGGGAAUGACGAUCCAACUGCAGGACAUUCAAAUACACCAAUUACAACACCUCAGGAAGUCGAAAUGAUCGACGAGACCAAUGUUUGUUUUAUUUUCAGAUGCUGCUGUUUCUUUAAAAGAAAGAAGAAGAAAAGUGGAAGACAGAAAUGACUGUCAGUAUCGGUCAGGCUCGGGGGGGUAGUACCAAAUGCAGUUAUUAGUGCUGGGGGGAAUGGAGGAAGAAUUGGAGGACACACUGGAAAACUUGGGGGUCGAGGAAGAGAAAAUAGUGGUGAUCUUGAACGAGAAGCUGUUACAUUGUUACGAGCCAGCAGUCACUCAGCAUCUCGUGAUUCUGUGCUUCAUACGACCAUCACUAUGACUCCUACACCUACACCACCGCCGUUGUCAAACUAAAAUACCGCACAGCCAUUGUUAUUAUUAUCGCUAUGAAAUCACUAUUACUGCUGCUAUUAUCGUUAUUAAAUCAAUGCCACCGAACGUCGUCAUCCACAUCACCGAAUUUUUAGUGUUUGUUUUUUUUUUUUUUUAAGUUUGCCGAGAGUAGUUUAGUAGCCAUUUGAUAUCUGUGAUUGAAAUUGUUUUAUUUUCUAAAUUAAUUAAUGCUUAAAAGUAUAGAAAAUUGUCACUUAAUAAAAUUCGAGUUUCACUUAUAUCUUCAUAUAUUUUGAUGAAAUUUUACACAAUUGAUAAAUAAUUUUUUAAGAAUCUUAGCUUUGCUGUUAGAUUUUACAGUUUUCAAAUCUAUUAAUAUGCUUUGUAAUAAUUUUCAUUAAUCUGAGUUCCAUGUUUGUUUCUAACCAAUUUCUUUAAAAAAUAUCAAUUAACUUAGUGUUUUAAGUAUUUAUUUAAUUUUGGGAACAAAUUCAUUCUAUUUUAUUCAUUAUAUGAAUCUUCGAAAUACCUAUGUCUUGUACAUUUUUUGUUGUAAAAUUUUGUACAAAAAUAUUUGGAAAGCACAAAUCCAGUACUUUUAUAUGAAAAAAGAGUACGACAUCAAUCUAAACUCAAUAGCACUAAUCUACUCACGGAUAACAAACGAGUAUUCAUAAACCAAGUCGAUGUACUUAUAGAAAGCGUUGCGAAAGAAUGUUUUAACAAUUAAUUUGUCCAUUUUUUGCUUUAGUCAAAAAAUAGAAGUACGAUUAUCUGAAACGUAAGUAAUCGUAUGAUCAAAGUAAUAUUGCGGUUUAAAUUAAUGCUUAGUGAACCAGGUACAUAAAUUUGAAAUGUAUUUCCACUAGUAUUAAAAAACCGGAAGUUUAAACGAUUAUAAAUUUAGGGAGAAAGAAAAAAUGUGUUCUUUUUUUAAUUUUUCUCCCUGAAUUAUUAAAGUAAUGUGGCUUGAUGAAAAGAGAAGACUUUUUUUAUUUUCUUCUCAGAGGUAUCACUAAAAAAGUUUUCUUCCAUUUUCCCUUUUGAUCAUGCCAGAGAAGAAAGAUGAAAUAAAGUAGCGCACUUGGUUUCAAUUCGUCCAGUAUGCAAGAGCGAUGCAAGCGUUUUAAUUUUAAGUUAAUCAAAUAUAAGAACGUGCGAAAAUACAAAACGAUAAUUAUGAGUACAGAACGAGUUCGUUAAUUUUCUCACAUCAGAAUGCGAAGAAUUAAAACUCGCAUGAAAUUUCUUAAGCUCUGAAUGACUAUGCGAACAAAUUUUUAAAACAUUUUAAUAUAAUAUGACUGACUGUUGGUUAAGUAUGGUUGUGAAUUUUCCAAUUAAAAGGUGUUUCAACUCUUUCUUAAAAUGGCCGUUAUGCGUGCCUCAAUGAUGGAAUUAUUAUACCUAUUUAUAGAGUAAUUAAUUUGAAGAACAAAAAGAAGUAAAACACAUACAUUGUUUAUAUGUAUAUUUGUUAAUUUGUUUACACGACUUCGUACAUAUUUGAGACUUACUAAUGUCUACAAGUUUUGCUGCUUUCAUCAAUUCUCUAAUGCAUUUGAGAUCAAAUAGAAAAUCUUAUUUUCCAACACUCAUAGCGAGCAAGCCUUGGAAUUGAAAGCAAAACUCUUUGGGGUUUAGUUUCUUAAAAUUCUAUUAUAUUUUCAAAUUUUGCUAUCACUAUGUAGUCAAAAUAUCGGAAAAUGAUUUUUAUUAUUAUUCUAUUAUGUCAAAACGUAUCUUUAUUUUCUCAUUUUAAGAAAUUCUAAUUAGAAAAUGGAUUAAAUUGUUAAUUUCUUGAUAAUUUUUAUGUAUUAUAUAAUUUUAGAAAUAUGAUGUUUCAGUUUUGGUUACAUCAUUUAUUUCGUCGAAACUGAGUGAGAGGGAUGCAUAUAAAACAUUUAUCAGAUAUAUAAAAGUAGAAAAUGCAUUAUCUAAAUUUAGCUUCCUCUUUUUGGGAGCUGAGAAACUUACUCUUCAAUAUAUAAUGUUGUAGUAAAAAAUCUGAUGGCAUGCAGCAUUAUGAUUUUAAAACAAUCAUUUUUUAAUUUUCCAUGCAAGCAAUUUAACCUACAGUAAAAUGAAAACCAAAAACAAAAAUUUUAACUGAAUCAGUACCGAAUCUAAGUUGUAAUUUUGUUUUCUACUUGUUCCUUUGCAACCAAAAGGAUUUUAGUCUAUAAAACCCAGAUUUUGUAUAUCAUUAUUAUAAUUUUCUUACAUUGAAAGUUGAAAAGAUUAUUUUUAACUUUAUUAGUAGACUACAAUCCAUUUCGCAGCUUGAAGAGUUAUAUUAAAGGAAUUGGCAGCUUGGGUUUGUACAUAAUAAUUAACUUUUUGAAUAAGAUGAGAUGCAAAGUUAAGGAAAAAAAAUGUAUUAGAUUUGAUUUACAUACAUACCUAAGUUGAAUAAUAAUAGGUUUAAGAAUAAUGACGAUUAAUAAACUAUUACCACUUCGACGAUUAUUAGUCAUUCGAAUGCAAUGAAUUUAAUAAAUUUAACACUCUAUAGGUAAGCGAUGCGUCUUGACUGUUGACAAAAAUAUCUUUAAUUGUGUCAGUUAUUUGUUAUAUUGUUUAAAAUUGUCUGCGAUCUAUUUUUCAAAUUUAAUACUCAUUAAUAUAUUAAUAAUAAUUUAAUAAGUUACCUAAUUUCUUCCAUAGUUGGAUUAUUAGCAGUGUAGAACCUUAGAAAAAUGAAAAUCCAUAUUUUUUCUUUCAAAAAACGCUUCAUCAUUUUUAAUUCAAUCAGUAUUUGAGACAAAAAUAAUAAUUACAAAAUAAGCAUAUAAUAAAUAAGACGCAGCCAAUUUCAGACAAUAGAAUAUUAAACUAACAUUAGUAAUUAGUAAAAAUUUACUCCUUAUUUACGGGAGUUACGUUCGUUCCGUUCCAAUAAUUAUCUCUGAAGAAUAAUGUAUACUUUAUUUUUUUGCUAAAAUUUAUUUACAAUAAUUUAUUUCAAAUUGUUGUUAUUGACAUUUAAAAAGAGAAUGCUUUCGGGGUAUUUGUUGGAAUUGACAACGUACAUUUUGGUAAUCUAAUUUAUAGUUUGUUUUAAGACUAAAUAAUUAUCUGUUUUAGAUUUUUUGUGUACAUAAAAAAAUUGUUUGAGUAAGAUUAAUUGUCGGUCAGUUCUGACAUUUAAGAGCUUUUUCGUUGAGCUCUUUUCAUUUACUCUACAUACAUACAUGUAAACUGUGAUUGGUCUUAAUUUUUAAUUCGUAAUAAUCAGCUGUAUGAUUAAUUUGUUAUUUAAGGAUCAACUCCACGUGAGUUUGUCGGAUGCGACGCUUUGGCAGAAAGAAAAAUACGGACUGCGCGGAUGCUUAUUCCUUGUAAAUAUGUCAUUUGUGUCACGCGCUUAGCAAGUAAAAAAAAGUCGUUAUGAAGUACUCUGUGUUUUUGUUCGCAACAUAGAUCUCAGAGAUUCCUCUCGUUGCUUUCAAAAGUAAUGAAAUAUAAUUUAUGUUACUCUCCCGAUUCUUUUCAAAUGAAUCCUUUUUUUAUAUAUUAACUAAUAUAGUCAGACCAAGUCAAUGAAUAAAGUUUAAUUUUCCUUAAAAUUA